AUGGAAAACAAGGACACUCAUAGAAAGCUUAACAACUAUGCUUGUGCCUCUGUGUUAGCUGCCUCUACUGUCUCUGCUAUAUUUGGUUAUGUGUCAGGAGUGAUGAGCGGAGCACUUAUAUUCAUUCAAGAAGAUCUUGAAAUCAGUGACUUAGAAAUACAAGUCCUAGCAGGCAUGUUACAUUUAUGUGCACUACCAAGUAGUUUGGUUGCAGGAAGAACAUCUGAUUACAUAGGUCGCCGCUAUACCAUCAUUCUCGCCUCCUUCGCCUUCUUACUGGGCACUGUUCUGAUGGGCUAUGGCGCAUCUUAUCUAAUCUUAAUGAUUGGUAAUUGCAUUCUUGGAAUUGGUGUGGGUUUUGCACUGGUAGUAGCAUCAGUUUACAGUGCAGAGAUUUCACCUCCUUCUUCCAGAGGCUUUUUUACCUCUCUCCCACAAGUUUCCCUCAACAUAGGACUCUUGCUAGGCUACAUGGCAAACUAUUUCUUCGAAAAAUUGUCACUGAAACUUGGAUGGAGAAUGAUGGUGGCCGUUCCUUCAAUCCCUUCACUUGUUCUUAUCAUUCUCAUGUUAAAACUGGUAGAGUCUCCUAGGUGGUUGGUCAUGCAAGGACGCGUAGGUGAGGCCAGGAAAGUGCUUCUGCUGGUUUCUAAUACAAAGGAGGAAGCUGAAAACAGGCUGAGAGAAAUAAAAGGUGUUGUUGGAAUUGAUGAAAACUGCACCCAAGACAUCGUGGAGGUUCCAAAGAGAACUCGCAGCGGUGAAGGAGCUCUGAAAGAAUUGUUUUGUAAUGCUUCACCUUCUGUUCGUAGGAUGUUGAUUGCAGCCAUUGGACUUCAUUUGUUCCUACGGAUUGGUGGAAGUGGGGGUAUUUAUUUAUACAGUCCAAGGGUUUUUCAGAGAACAGGAAUCACUAACAAGAGCAAGCUCAUGCUAGCCACUGUCGGCAUGGGAGUGAGCAAAGUUGUAUCUUCGUUGAUAUCGAUGUUUUUGUCGGAUAAAUUUGGGAGGAGGAUUCUUUUACUGAUUAGUGCAACAGGUGUUGUUGUCAGCCUAUUAGGGUUGGGUUUUUGCUUGAGCAUAGUAGAACAUUCGAAGGAAAAAGUAGUGUGGGCAUCGAGUUUUACCAUUAUUCUUACCUACUUGUUUGUGGGUUUUAUGUCUAUUGGGAUAGGACCAGUUACAUGGGUUUAUAGCUCUGAGAUAUUACCCCUUAGGUUCAGAGCUCAAGGUCUUGGUUUAUGUGUGGUUCUGAACAGAAUUACUACUGUGAUAGUGGUUACAAGCUUCAUUUCAAUUUACAAAGCAAUUACAAUGGGUGGGAUUUUCUUUCUGUUUGCUGCUAUCAAUGCUUUUGCUUUGUGUUUCUACUAUACCUUGCCAGAAACUAAAGGAAGAUUAUUAGAAGAUAUGGAGAUUGUCUUUGAGAAAAACUCUAAGUUGGAGAUACAAAUGAAGCCCCACAGCAGCAACCUUCAGUAG